AUGUCAUACGCGAGGGAGUUCAUGUUUAGCGACAAAACUAUCUGCCCAGUAAACGUGCAUCUCGCAGACGACGAUGUCGUGGAGGAGAUCAGAUGGGGCGAGGUUGUGAUGAAGGUGAAGACUCCAAGCGGCUCCAAGAAGGGUAUUCUCAUGAAUUUGUUGUAUGUCCCCAAGCUUUCGCGUAACUUGUUUUCAGCUAGAAUGUUCACGAAAGAUGUUGUACCUAUGACAGUCAACACCAGCUCCUGCUUUGUGGACCAUAUUGGUCAGAAGUGGAAGGUUUGUGAGCGCAGUGGAAAUGGUCUAUUUCAACUGAUCAUGACACCGGUGAAGCCAGAGUUGGCGUACAUCACAAGUGUUGCUGCGGUAAAUCUGCAAGCUGGUAUGUCGUACUUAUGGCACCUACAACUACGUCACAUUGGCCACGACGGACUCUACGCAAUCGUCAAGAACACAUUUGGCGUCGGUAUCGACAACACGUCGGUGAAAAAGUAUGUGCUGUGCAACGGGUGCGCGCUCGGCAAGCAAAUAGGUUAA